AUGCCGGCCACCGGUAGCGAAACUACGCCGAGCGUUAUGGACGAGCCAGCUACGUACAGCGAUGCUGUGGCGUCUUCUUCGGACGAAGAAUGUACGGCGAUCAGUGCGAAAGCGUUCGACAGCACUCACCCGACGACGGCGACGUUCCAAAGCUACGCCACCGAGAAGGACCACGGGGAAUUCUUCCGGGAUUGCUUGGAGUUGCUGGUGAAAAGCGCGGUGUUCGAAGCGACCAAGAGGGACCGAAAAGUGCUCGAUUUCCAGAACCCGCAGGUGCUGCCGUCGAAGUUCGAUUUCGAAUUGCGCGACGCGCCUUCCACCCACAAGGAUUUGAUUAGAAUCCUGAAAGACACCGUCCAGUAUUCGGUGAAGACGGGUCACCCGUACUUUGUUAAUCAGCUGUUUUCGUCGGUGGAUCCCUACGGGCUCGUCGGGCAAUGGCUGACCGACGCGUUGAAUUCCAGCGUGUACACGUACGAAGUGUCGCCGGUUUUCUCUAUCAUGGAGGAAAUUGUGCUGAGGGAAAUGAGAAAAAUCGUCGGCUACAAGAACGGCGACGGCGAUGGUAUUUUUUGCCCUGGUGGAUCGAUUGCUAAUGGAUAUGCUAUAAGUUGUGCCAGGCAUAAAUUUUUCCCGGAGAUAAAGACAAAAGGCAACAGUUGCGUGGGAAGAUUGGUAAUCUUCUCUUCAGAUCAAAGUCACUACUCCAUCACAAAAUUAGCCUCUUUCGUCGGAAUUGGAUCUGAUAACGUCUACGCGAUUAAAUCCAACCGCAAAGGGAAAAUGGAUGCCCAGCACUUGCGCCAGGAAAUACAAAGGGCUCUAUCCGAAUCGGCAGUACCUUUUAUGGUUUGCGCCACAGCGGGUACCACAGUAUUCGGAGCCUUCGAUCCCAUAGAUGAGAUAGCAGACAUCUGCAAAGAAUAUAAUCUAUGGUUGCACGUGGACGCUGCUUGGGGCGGUGGUGCCCUAAUGUCUAGGAAGUACAGGCACUUAAUGAAGAGCAUCGAAAGAUCAGAUUCAGUUACUUGGAAUCCGCACAAGUUAUUAUCAGCUCCACAGCAAUGCUCAACCCUCUUAAUACGCCACACCGGAAUAUUAAGUGAAGCUCACGGUACUCAAGCGGCGUAUCUCUUCCAAAAAGAUAAAUUUUACGACACAUCUUACGACACAGGUGACAAGCAUAUACAGUGCGGCCGAAGAGCGGACGUGUUUAAAUUUUGGUUCAUGUGGAAAGCCAAGGGGACCACAGGCCUCGAGAAGCACAUCGACAAAGUGUUCGAAAACUCCAAGUAUUUCCUCGAGCUGGUGAAAAACCGGACGGGAUUCGAAUUGUUAUUAGAAGAACCGGAGUGCACGAACGUUUGCUUUUGGUACAUCCCGCCCAGCUUGAGGAAACUGAGCAAGUCGUUGCCCGAGUACAACGAGAAGUUGCACAAAGUGGCGCCGAAGAUAAAGGAGCGGAUGAUGAAGGCGGGAAAUAUGAUGAUCACGUAUCAGGCUCAAAAAGAUUAUCCUAAUUUUUUCAGGAUCGUAUUCCAAAGUUCCGGCUUGGAGAAAUCCGAUAUGCGCUACUUCGUCGAGCAAAUCGAAAAGAUGGGACAAGAUUUGUAA